AAAACUUGGCUUCAAACAUCACAGUCGAACAGUGCGGAGGGAGAGAGUUUGCUGCAGAACAGCUGUGCGACAAUUAAAAAAGAACCAUAAAACUACAGCAAAAUGAAGGUCAAAGUUUCUGUUAUUGCUCUGGCUUUCUUUGUACUGUACGUGUCAUCGACAGAAGAUGGAAAUCUCAUAGAGAUAGUGGAUCCUCGCUGCCGUUGCGUCAAUCAUACCUCGCAAUUCAUCCAUCCAAAGCGAAUGAGCGACCUUGAACUUAUACCAAGUGGCCCUAAUUGCUCACACGUGGAAAUAAUAGCCACACUCAAGAUUGGUAGGAAGGUUUGUCUAAACCCUGAAGCCCCGUGGGUCAUGCUAAUGAUUCAGAAGAUUUUAGAAAAGAAAUAGCUGGGUGACUCUGGAUACGUACGACAUCAGAGACGUGCACAAUUUGGAAAAUCCUUGCCUGCGCCAACCUCCAACCCCAGCAUGCGUACUGAAAGUACCCAGCCUCUACCUGUAGCACGUCCUUGCUUCAAUCCUCAUCAGCCAAUUGAUUUAUUUUCAGUUGAAGUAUACUAAACAAUAUAAUCACAUGUG